AGUAAGACCACUAUGGUAAUGGUUCCAAAUCCAAUCUAUCCGGCGUUCGGCCCCCACCCCCUAGCUCUGCAUAGAUGACCAUAGGGACGAGGUCCAUCAAAUCGAAACUGUUUUCUACAACACUGUGAAAAUCAUAGUACCUUGUCUUGUUCUACUUUUGACCAACACCAACCCACGUACCCUAGUAUUACUUACUUACCCCACCACCAGAUCCAGAACUACCAGACAAACAGUUUACUGCUCGGUAGCAUCUUGAUACAAGCAUAAAUUGAGAUAGCAUAUUGAGCAAGAACUCUGAAAGCAGUCUUGAAGAUUGCUUUACUUUUCCAAGAGCAAUGAGUACAAGGUAUAAUUCCCCCACGACCUGUGGUGCAGACGGCGCACUACUUCUGCUGAAGGAGGUUUAUCCCGCAUCGUAACAAAACUCCGAACUGCGCAGAAAAAACGGAGCAGUGGAGCCUCGUCGAACGGUGGACUUUCCGCGGCCCCGUUGCAAGUACCACACGACCGCCGAAGAACGAGGAAAACUACUACUCCGAAGAUCACGCAGGGCAAUAGUACAUCUUCACCAGAGAACUCCAAUAUUAAACCAUGAUAGACUACACAGAGGAGUGGUUCUUUCCGCUCCUGUUCCGUUGGGACGGGUCCGUCGGCCUCCGCGCGCUCUAUUUCUCCCUGCCGUCCUGCUGUUUGGCGUUAAUUCUGUUGAUUCUGGAGGACGAGAAUUUUUACGACCGCGAAACCCUGAAACUCGACACGUUGACCGGCUCGGCAAUCUGGUCUUCCGUCAGUGCGGUUUUACUGAUGCUGAUCCAGUUUCGCACGUCGCGAGGGAUUGCAAGGUUUUGGGAGGGCACGGGUUUGAUGCACAUGAUGCGGGCCGAGUGGUUUGACACGGUCUCGAACUGUAUCUCCUUUUCCAUCCACGCGAAGCAGAAGUUAUCCCACGAAAAAACUGUUUCACUGUGAUGAUCUUGCAAGAUCUGCGUCACAAGUUUGUUACACAUGACCACACAGAAAAUUUGCCAUGCUCACUUCCCAAGUGAAAACACGGUAAAAAAUCCAACGUCUUGCAGGUGUAGCAAGACAAAUCGUUCUGUGCUCCAUUGGCUGCAUCACAAGUUCACAGUGAGACAGUUUGUUCUUGCGAUAGAAGUCGCCGGUGAUGCACUGGCGCGUGGUGAAAUUUCGGCACACGCUCGUCAGGCUGAUGUCCUUGCUGCACGGGUUUGCACUAGAGGAGAUGAGUGGGAACUGCAUCGACGUGUUGACGCUGGACAAGAGCUCGUUAGGGAAGCCGUUCCUGAAGUACAUCAACGAGCUCUCCUCGACGUACAAAUUCAACAAGGUGGAAAUGGUGCUGCACUUGAUGCAAUCCCUCAUCAUCACCGCGCACCACGCCCAGUUGCUCGACGUCCCCUCCCCGAUUCUCUCCCGUGUGUUUCAGACCAUAUCCCGUGGCUUCGUGCACUUUUUGAACACGAAGAAGAUCACAAACACGAAGUUCCCGUUUCCCUACGUCCAGUUGAUCAUCGUUUCGCUCUACGCCUACUCGGUGCUGUCGCCGAUCGUAAUCACCAGCAUGGUGAAAAACAAGGUUUUGGCCUGCAUCCUCGUCUUCUUUCCGCUCUGGAUACUCGCCGCGUUGUAUGAGAGUGCACAACUACUACUCCCCCUCCCCGUCAUUUGUAUUUUUGCAUACACAGCAAUACAAACACGAACACCAGCACACGUGGAGCCUGUGCAUGACAAAUUCACGCGCCUAUUUUAGUACUGUUUGGGCUGCUUCCGGCAUCUGUUAUGCAGACAGUGCCCCAGGGAAGCACUUGGAUUUGGGGUUUUGCAUGACAAAUCAGGGGGAGGGGGAGUUGUGCACUCUCAUACGUUGAACCACAUUUCGAUAGAACUGGAGAACCCGUUCGGUGAUGACGAUAACGAUCUUCCGCUGGAGCACUUCCAAGACGAUAUGGACAGGACCAUGUGCAUGCUGCUGCAUCCACGCUCGGACAUGAUACCACUGUUGGAUGACAGUUGUCUGUGCGACGUGGACGAGAUGAUGGUGAAAUUUGGAAUGCGGGUACAGAAGAAAUCUUCGAAAAAAUUGGGAAAUGUGGUUUCGAAUUUCAGCUACAUGUCGUUUUUCAAUGCUAAAUACGCAUUGCAAAUUACUAUAUCGAUCUGGGUCUGGAAAGAAUGGGAUUCGUGAUGCUGCCUGUCGAUCUUCAUACAAAAGCCGGCAAAGCAUGAGCUGCAGUAAAUAAAGGUGCUCAGAUGUUUUCCAACCGGAGAGGUGGGCAUUUCUCAAGCACAAUAGGGAUAGGUUUAAGUGUGAGGAAGCCUUUGCACCAAAGGCUGUGUGAUACAGUAUGCAUCACACGCGUUGCGGGUCAUGUACAAUUUGCAUGGCAAUUAUCUCCCCCCAUCAAACUACUUCCAGGCCCACAAGACAUGUUUGCAAUGCAUACAACAAACGGGCAGACUCUUCAGGGGUCAGCAGAAGACACCAGUGGCAUUAGUCCCCGCGGUGGUUCUACUUCAAAAACCACGUCAAGUGAGGGUGGUGGCGAGCACGGGGACCACAUAGUAGGUCUUGAUGGUCAAAUAUCACAAGAAAAAAGUGUUACAGUUACACAUUUGUUGAGCUUUCUGCAUCACAAACUUUCUCUGUGUGCAAGAGAAAACUUGUAAUGCAAAGAUCAUAUGGAGAAAAUACGUAGGAAACGAGGCUCGCAGGCAUUUCCUGCAAGACAAAGAUUGUCUGUCUUGCGGCUCCUGCAACACAAUGUGUAACUGUAACACUUUUUUCUUGCGAUAUCAAAUCUUGGACGAACAGAUUAUAGCCAUCGGCGACGCGGUAUCAAAUAUAAAAAUGUCUGGGUCUGGAAGAAUGCAACUUGUCAUGCUAAAUCUGAAGCAUGCAAAAAUCUGUGUUGCAUGAUUACCAAAAGUCGUCCGGUUUUGACCAAGUCGGGAGGGAGUUUCUCAUGCAGGAUAGGCAUGAGAGACAUCGCACAGAACCUGUCAUGCUAGGUCAUGCAUUCCAGACCUCAUGGGUCAUGGAAAAGCUGCGUGACAAAUCGCGCACUCUUCCAGACCCAGACAUUUUUACAUUUGAUACGCGGCAAGCGGUGACCACCACCACGCUCAUCCAGAGGUAGAAAUCAUCGGCCAGCGCAUCGAGGAUCACAGUACCAUGCUCACGAAAAGGACCCGACACGGUCUAUCGAUGUCCGACACACCGUCCGGUCCGGUCCGCGCGGUGAGACGACGGGAUAGCAGCGCUGCAGGUGACGGGGAGCAGGUGGUAGGCUCGAGCGCAGCGAACCUCAGUACCUUAGCGCAUCAGGGGAGCAAAGCGCGGUCGAGUAGUCAGGAUUUGUUGCAGGAAGAGAUGAGUUCUUCGGGUGGGGAAGUGGACCCAGUAGACCAUGCAAUACAGAGUACUAGAGCUGCCGGCGGACAUCAAAAAGAAAGAAGACCAACAGUUUCCUUCGACGACAAUGAGGAUAUUAGCAAUAUCAAGAGACCACUAGGCGCAUCUGCGUCCUCUAACGGCGAGGAGGGCGACGAUGUCACCGUGUUCGAGGAAUUUGAGACCCACGGGUGUCUCCGCCCGCGGGAGGGGAUCGACCGGUUCCGGAAGCACCGGUCCAAGUCCCAGAAAUUCCGGUUGGCAAACGAGAAACGCACGAUGUUCCAGAAGCUCGCGCGCAAGGCGCAGGUCAUCACGACGCACUUAGCCGGGAGGGGAGGCGGGAGCAAUACUUCGCACAGUACGAGUAAUUCUGGCCGGCCCGCCGCGUCAACGAUGUCUUUGGCGUCCUCAAAUUACCAACGGAAAACCGGGGGAGACCACGACGCGCAUAACUCGUUGAGCAGCGCAGGGCCUUGAUAGAAGCAGUUGUAUAUAUUAGUAAGAGCAGCUCAGGUUGAGUAUGAGUUUUAUGUUUAUCAUCCCUACAGCCAGAUGAGAGGAGCAGCAGUUCAACCAGGUGCUGGCCACUAGGUAGAUAAGGUGCACUUCCUCAAUACAUCUUUCAUACAACUGUUUUUUUUUUCAGAAGAGCAGCAGCUCGUUUUCUACAGAGAAUCCUAAAUACAUAGUAAAUUUAUCUUGUUUCAUUCAGGUUUCCCAUCAGAUAGAUGCACAUGCUGACACUGGAGUUGCUUUUUGGUGACACUUGUCACAAACUACAUGCAUGACAUGAUCCGUGGAAAAUGUAAAUC